CAAAAUUCUUGCCGCCAAAUCCUGUUCAGCGAAUUGACCAUCGGAGUUCCCACUGAAUUCCCACAAAGAUCUUUCAUUCUGUCUCCCUUACAAUAAUAUAGCGAAUUGACAUGUUCGACUUCACAGACGACGCGUCCGGACGCGAAAAAUGCUACACCACAGUCUCUCAGUUACCUAAUUUCAUCGACCCGAAACAGGUGCCGAGCAAGAAGUCUCCAUUCUCUGCUAUUGUGAACCAUCCCUUUGUGCAUACAGCCGAGGUCAUUCUUCCAGAAGAUGUUUACACAGACAUUCAAACGUCAUUAGACAAGCUGAAUAAGCCUCAGUCCGCUCGAGUAUUCAUGUCACCAUCUGAUCUGCUGGAGCAUGAAUUUUUCAACACAUAUAUCAAGACCGGAAAUAUUCUCAUGAUAUCCGAAGGCCGAGCAGGUUCUGACAAUGUGUUCACCCUACAAGAAGGAAUCCUCAAGAUUGAGCUUGGGAAAGAAACAUUUGAACGCACAGGACUCACAGGGAAACCUAUCCGAAGCGGCGGAAGAAAGCACGCAAAGGAGAGAUUCUUGAUUGAGCUCAAUUUGCGCCUCCCCUCGAUGCUCCAUGGCAAGAAAGGGUUUGACAGGAUCAUAUGGGUCUUCAAAAAUGUGUUGAGUCAGUCUUUGGCUUGGCUUUUCUGCGAUCUGGAGUCCACCUCUGGGAACCAAGAAACUAAGCCCAUCCAAAAGCACCAUCCGCAGAAUAUCGAUUCUGAGGUACUGAAAACCAACCUGGGUCGAAUUUCAACACCCUCUCUACAAGGACUAGUUUCAAAUGAUUCUUCCGAGGGAGAUAUGCAGGAGAGCUGCGGUGCCUUUGCUGAAUGGAUUGCCAUGGUCCAGCUUGGGUCACCCCGUGUUUCUGCAGACGAUGACGUCGACUCGUACCUGAGUCGCUACAGUGUACCAGGAGUCGAUGCAGCCAGUACCACCGAUCUCGUUAGCCUAAAAUGGCAUGGUAUGAUUUCAGCAAAGUGGGUUCAGGAACUAUUCCUAUCUCUGCUAUCCCGCACCCCCAGCUCAAGUUCUGGGCCCGCCCCGGCCUGGUUCGUUCUUUCCACUUCUACGCUGGGGAGACAAUCUGUGGAAGGAAGGGACGGCUAUACAAUUGCGACCGCUCCAGACAUUUGUGCCCCAGUGAUAUCCAGUAGAAACGAUGCCGAUGCGUCCAAAUCUAGCAGCCGCUAUGCGAUAUGCUGGGAAUACGUUGGGGCAACGUCUGUGGAGUAAUGAAGAAGGACUAGUUGCUUUAUUGACCAUGGCAACUUGAGCAUCUGUUAUUGAAUUACUCGUCGGCGCUGGCGGUCUCUAUUUGCGCUUGACUGCAUUUUUACAUCAUAUGAAGCCAUAAAACCCCAAGCAUCUCCCUUCUUCCCUCCCUCUCUCCUCAACCCACCCACUCUCUCUCUUUCUCCUGACAACCAGAAACCCAUCACUCUCUUUGCAGUCUUGCUCUUAACCUCGCUCUCUUAAUCCUUCCUCACCUCGCUUCUCCUUGCUC